AUGGGGAGGGCUCCAUGCUGUGACAAGAUUGGGCUGAAGAAGGGGAGGUGGACAGCAGAGGAGGAUCAAAUCUUAAUCAACUAUAUCCAGACCAAUGGGGAAGGCUCCUGGAGGUCAUUACCCAAGAAUGCAGGGUUACUGCGGUGUGGUAAAAGUUGCAGACUAAGAUGGAUUAAUUAUUUGAGAGCCGACUUGAAGAGGGGAAAUAUAUCCGCCCAGGAGGAAGAUAUCAUCAUCAAAUUGCAUGCUUCUCUGGGAAAUAGGUGGUCUUUGAUAGCAAGUCAAUUACCAGGAAGAACGGAUAAUGAAAUCAAGAACUACUGGAACUCUCAUUUGAGUAGGAAAAUUGACACCUUCAGAAGGCCUACUACUACUACUAGUGAUCAAAUGAGUAGCCUACCAGCAGCUGCUAGUAAUAAUAUUCCUUCCAAGCGAAGAGGCGGUAGAACCAGUCGCUGGGCCAUGAAGAAGAGCAAAACAUACACCACUACUAAUUCUACUAAUUAUACCCAACGUCACAACAAGGGCCAGAAGGAGAUUACAAAUAUUGCUGCUGCUGAUGAUGAGGCGAUUGCCCUGGAGAAGAAGACGUCCUUGCCUGGGCCUAAUGAUAAUAUUGAUACUAUGCACCGCGAUUACAUGGUAUUAAUGACUGACCCAGCUGCUGAUCAUCAUGAUCAUCAUCCUCAUCACAUGGACGACUGCAGGGUCGACAACCUUGUUAAUCAUGAUCAUGAUCAUCAGCAGCAGGAGGAAGCAGGAGGACUAGCAAUCCCAGUGGUCCUCAUGAGCUCAACUACUACUACUACUACUGAGGAUGAGGAGGAGGAGGAGGAGGAGGUGGUGGUGGUGGUGGAGGUGGAGGUGGAGGUGGAGAAGAAGGAGACUCGUGAUCAUGAUGGGCUAUGUCCUGUCAAUAUUGAUCAGUGUCAGAAGGAAAGUCAUCAAGAAAUGCUUUUAGGACCACAUCCACAUAACGACGAGAACAAGGACGAUGACUUGGAUGAAUCUGGCGGCAUUGAAUUUGAUGGUGGGUUGUUGGGUACAUUUAAUGAAUUGAUGGACAAUGUUGAGUUACUGCAGAAGGAUCCAAAUUCAAAUGGGGUUUUGUCUUUGAGCGACCAUCAACAUGAUCAUGCCAUGGGCGUUACUCAUGAGGUAGAUCAGGUAGAGACUACUACUACUACCACUUGUGGUCAUUUGAGCUCGUCAUCAAACGGACAACUAUGCUUUUCUUCAAUAAUGUCAAUGACUGCUACUUCAAGUAGUUCAGCUUCAGCUUCAGCAGCUGCUGGUAGUUAUUAUUUUGAUAUGGAGGAUGGUCAAGCUGCUGCUGCUGCAAAUGGAAAUGAUCGUGAUCAUAACAAUCAUAUAUUAUGGGAUUGGGAGAGUGUUGUCGAAGCAGGGCAUGAGUUAUGGGAUCAUGAUGAUGAUAAAGAAAAUAUGCUUUCUUGGUUGUGGGAGGAGGGUACUUGUUCUUCUUCUACCACUAGUAAUACUACUGCCGCUGCUGCUGCUAAUACCAUUGAUCGUCAUCUUAACUGGGAAGGAGACACUACCACUUAUGAUACAUCGAUGAUGAGAAAGGCCGUGGACGCUGACAAACAAAAUGCGAUGGGCAGACUAACCUCUAAGCCGUGCUGUGCUGCUGCUGAUAAUCCGUUUAGCCUUGACCCUGCGGCGGUCGGUUGUUGGCGGCGGGGGAUGUUGAAGUUGAAAUAUAUUGGCCUCCGAGCCUUGACUAUCAUUGGUGAACAACAUAGCUUCAUUUCAUCCGCAGUCAAGCUCAGAUGUAAUGCCAGGAUAGAUAACCCAUUAUCCGCGAGGGCUUUGUCUUGCAUAACAACGUUUUCCCGGUCCUUUAAUUCUUCACCUUCUGAAGAUGAUGAUUACUCAGAAUUGGGCUCCCCAGUGCCUAAAGCUCCAAGUAAUCCUAGGAAGUUGAUGACAGAGAAGCCUGAGCCUUAUAUGAAAACUAAUCGUAAGAAAAAAUCGUCUGGAAAGCCUUCAAAAAGCAGCAUCAGCUCGAAAGAUGUUUCCUCUAAACGGGAAUCAAGCAGGAGAGCAAGUUUGGAUCUUGAGGUUAUUACAGAAGGCUUUGAUCUUCCAAUUCAUCGACCAGAUGACCAAGAGGAAGUUACCAUUAGAAUUACCAACAUAAACUCGGAGACAAGUGAUUCUGCAGUAUACUCAAUGUGCAUGUCCUGUGGUAGCUUGGAGGGGGUUGUGAGGACAAAAGCAGAUGCAGUGGAUGCCUUGUUUAGCGUGAAAGACAACAUGGGCAUACAAAGUUUAAUUAGAAAGUUGAAUCAGAUGGUCGUGAAUGAUCACAAAUGGUCAGCUAACUUACAUUCAAGAGACUCCGCCCCUGCAGUGACGAGCAAGAAAAUCAAUGCUAACUGCGAUUUGGGACUGGAUGUAAGCCGUCAUCUGGGUGACCUAAGAAGCCAAAUCAGUGUGAAGACAGUGUGCGUAGAAGACUUGGAGUAUCUGCAUAAUGCCUUGUUGCAUCUUGAGGCUCAACCGGACAGAAGCAGUAGUAUUCCUAACGGUGACAGCUGA